AUGCGCUACUCCCUUACUCUCAUCGCCUUCGCCGUCACGGCCCUCGCCCUCCCCACCGCCAAGCCCGCCGACGAUGGUUCAUGGGCUCCAGGUAAAUACGAGGGCCCCGGCACCCCCUACGAUGACGGCAAGUGGUACCCUGGCAAAUAUCCCGGCGCCAAGGACAAGCGCGCCGAUGACGGAUCCUGGGCGCCCGGCAAGUACGAGGGCGCUGGUACACCUUACGACGAUGGCAAGUGGGCUCCGGGCAAGUACGAGGGUGCCGGUACCCCCUACGACGACGGCAAGUGGUACCCCGGAAAGUAUCCCGGUGCCAAGGCAAAGCGUGCCGACGAUGGCAAGUGGGCUCCGGGCAAGUACGAAGGCGCUGGUACUCCUUACGAUGACGGCAAGUGGUACCCUGGAAAGUACCCCGGUGCUAAGGAGAAGAGGGAGGAUGAUGGCAGCUGGUACCCUGGCAAGUACGAGGGCGCCGGCACCCCCUACGACGAUGGCAAGUGGCACGAGGGCAAGUACGAGGGCCCUGGCACUCCCUACGACGAUGGCAAGUGGUACCCUGGCAAGUACCCCGGUGCUAAGGAGAAGAGGGAGGAUGAUGGCAGCUGGUACCCUGGCAAGUACGAGGGCGCCGGCACCCCCUACGACGAUGGCAAGUGGCACGAGGGCAAGUACGAGGGCAAGGGAACCCCCUAUGAUGAUGGCAAGUGGCACCCUGAGCAGUGA